AUGGCGCCCCUGGGAGACGCCGACCACUGCAGAGACAAGGCCCGCAGGGAUCUGCUGGUCCUGCUUGAAGGCGCUCGCGGGAAGAAGAACCUCGUUAUCAGUCAGGAGCUGGCGGGUCCAGUCGGCUUGUUCGUCAAGUUCUCCGAACUCCAACAGUACGGCGUAGACCGUGUCUUUUUGCUGGAAAAUGCAAAUAUCGACUCGUCGCAACGCAAUGUCGUGUUCUUGGUCCGCGGUGAAAAAGCCAGCCAUGUGCGGACAGUGGCAGAGCAAAUUAAGCGCCUACAGAACAAUGGAAACGUGGAACAUGAGUUCUCCAUCUUCUUCGCUCCUCGGCGUACCCUGGUAAGCAAUGCGGUGCUGGAGGAGGCGGGUAUUAUCGGUGAUGUCAACAUUGCCGAGUUCCCACUCUACUUCUUGCCACUGGAGCAAGAUAUCCUAUCAUUGGAGCUUGAAAAUGCAUUCAGUGAUUUGUACCUGCAUAAAGACCCUGGCUCUAUCUUCCAUGCCGCCAAGGCUCUCAUGGGUAUCCAGCAGAGACAUGGAUACUUCCCUCGCAUUGUUGGCAAAGGCGACAAUGCGCGCCGCCUAGCAGAUCUAUUGCUGCGAAUGCGCAAAGAACUGGAUGCGGAAGAGAGCUCUGGGCUGGCUGACCCAUCUGCUCGAGGCCUUCUUCCUAGCGCUGAUACUGAGAAUUUGAUUAUUAUUGACCGUGACGUGGACUUUGGAACACCUCUUCUUACGCAACUUACUUAUGAGGGCUUGAUUGACGAAUACGUGGGCAUCAAAAAUAACCAGGCCGAUGUCGAUACUAGCAUAGUUGGACAAGCGUCUGCACCACAGCCCCAGGAGUCGUCAAAAACACCACAGCAGGUGAAGCAAGGUCUGAAGAGGAAGAUUCAGCUUGAUGCAUCAGAUCAACUCUUCAGCCAGCUGCGAGAUGCAAACUUUGCCAUUGUGGGUGACCUGUUAAACAAAGUGGCUCGCCGAUUGGAAAAUCAGUAUGAAACACGGCACACAGCUCAGACCACAAAUGAACUGCGCGAAUUCGUCAAUAAACUACCAACUUACCAACUGGAGCACCAAAGUCUUCGGAUUCACACUAAUCUCGCCGAGGAAAUCAUGCGGCUUACACGAUCUGAGACGUUCCGGAAGAUCCUCGAAGUACAACAGAACAAUGCCGCCGGUGCUGAUCCAAUCUACCAACAUGAGACUAUUGAAGAACUCAUUUCACGAGACGUCCCUUUGAAGAGCGUGCUGCGCUUGUUAUGCCUGGAGUCCUGCAUGUCCGGCGGACUGCGGCCGCGGGACCUGGAGAACUUCAAGAGACAAGUCGUGCAAGCUUAUGGCCACCAACAUCUGCUGACUUUCUGGGCCCUUGAGAAGAUGGAACUUUUGCAGCCCCGGUCUUCGGCCACGGCCAUGCUCCUUCCUACAUCCGGUGCGCAGGCCGGCUCGAAGACUAAUUAUGGGUAUCUACGCAAGAACCUGAGACUAGUGAUUGAAGAGGUCAGCGAGAAGGAGCCGAACGACAUCUCCUAUGUCUACAGUGGCUUCGCCCCACUUAGCGUUCGCCUGGUUCAAUGCGUACUUCAAAAACCCUACAUCCUCUCCCUGGUCAAGGGUGGCUCUCCCGCUGCAUCAAUAAACAAUGCCAGCACUGCAUCGCCUGGGUGGCUCGGCUUCGAGGAUAUGGUCAAGAGCGCCCGGGGCUCGACUUUCAGCAUUGUCCAAAAGGGUGAUGAUAAGGCUGUUCGAGCUCGCCAGACCCUUAGCGGCAAUUCUGCUACAAAGACUGUAUACGUUUUCUUCUUGGGUGGAAUCACCUUCACCGAAAUUGCCGCGCUGCGCUUCAUCGCUGCCCAGGAGGCGCCGCGGCGCAAGAUUAUCAUCUGCUCCACGGGAGUCAUCAGCGGCGACCGCAUGAUGGAAGCUGCCAUUGAGAAGGGGAGUUUUGCCAAGAAGGCGGAGUAG